UAAGCAUCUGUUUCGGGUGGAGGCCAACAAUUUCCAAUUUCAAUUUCCAUGACCUAAACGAUUUUUAAAAAUAUUAUCAUUGAACAGACCACCUGGCAAUAUUGAUCCAACCACUCAAUGCUCCGCCGCUUCUUUUAUGACUGUGAGUGUUAGCAGUUCGCAUUCGACAUGUGGAAUAUGCUUGUUCAGACCAUGCUGAUUGAAAGACUGUAUGGCAUAGAUAGAAUAGCAAGAAAUUUCAGCAGACCAGAAAGUGGCAUAUUUGGAGCCAUUAUCUCGUACCUUCUAAAGAAAGUCAACCUGCCUAUUGAAAGAAAUGCUGUCAAACAUCUUGACGUCCGGCCCAAUCAUGCUGUCCUUGAAAUCGGCUUUGGACUCGGUUACGGAAUCCAGCAUGUCCUCGAUAUCAUUAAAGAAGGAGACGGUUCUGUUCAUGGCCUGGACAUCUCAGACGAAAUGGUCAGAAGAACGGCGAGACGCUUCCAAAAGGAAAUCAAGGACAAAAAGGUCAACAUUUGCAUUGGGGACGUGGCAUCCAUGCCUUAUGAAGACAACACAUUUGACAGAGUAUUCCAUACAAGUUCUUACUUCUACUGGCCAGAUAUGGAUGAAGCAGCCAAGGAGAUCUACAGGGUGAUGAGAAAAGACAGCGUCAUGGUUACAAUAGUGGUGCCUGAUAAGCUAAAAAUGGCAGUGAAAAAAGGAGCGCUGAAAUAUGGAGACCCAGAUCAAACACGCUAUAUUGACGCCCUGAGGAACAAUAACUUUGUUGAUGUUCAAGUACAGGAUUUUUAUGACGCAGCGGAUGGCCUGUACCCAUGGUACCAGGCGACUUUUGCCUAUGUGAAGAAGAAAUGAAUCUUUCUUUAUUAUAUCAUGUUUAGGCAAAACGCUAAUUUAUAAUAUUUUGGAUAGCAGCCUGAAAGAACCUAUCCGCUGAAUGUGGGGAAAAAAACUUCAUACUUCAAAUGUCACGUGUUGACACUAACACAAAUUUUAUAGAGAAAAACUCUUGUCUGGUUUGAAUUUCAUUGAAAGAAAACUUAAGUUUCAUUUACCCCAUAUCACCAACAAGUUGGUGUUGGUGUUUUUAGGUAUUUCAAUUGGCCACAGCAAUGGGGAAUAGAACUGUGAUGGGCACAUAUUUAAUUAUUAUAUAAAAGCCCUACUCAUAAUUCAAAAGCCCCAGCCCCUCAUUUAUUCCAGGCUUUAGCUAAUUAUAUGUAAAAGAUGUAGAAGCUGAAUAAAAGUAAGAUAGAAAUAGCAUUAACAUCCUUUAUGUAUAUGGGCCACUCUGUGUGCAAGUCCAGUGUAAAGGCCUCUGUAUCGACUGGAGGCCAACAAUAUCCAAAUACAGUUUUUUAUGACCUAUAUAUUUUUUAGCGAUUUUUAAACAUUUUGAUUCUAGAACAGACCACCUGGUAAUAUUGAUCCAACCACU